AUGGAAGAAAAGCUCCAGGCGCAUCAGGUGGAGAUCGACCCGGAUUUCGAGCCGCAGAGCCGGCCCCGCUCCUGCACCUGGCCGCUCCCGCACCCCGACUUCACGGCGGAGGACGAGGAUGGGGCCGCGGCGGGGCCCCCCCCGGCGCUGGCGGCCGGCGGAGCCGAGGGCACCGAGAACGCGGCGGCGGCCCCGGCGGAGCGCAGAGCAGCAGCCGCCGCCGCCGCCCCGCCGCCGCCCGGUGCGGACGUUGGACAGCUCCGCAAGGCCAAGACGUCCCGCAGGAACGCCUGGGGGAACCUCUCGUACGCCGACCUCAUCACCAAAGCCAUCGAGAGCUCCCCGGAGAAGCGCCUCACCCUCUCGCAGAUCUACGACUGGAUGGUGCGAUACGUCCCCUACUUUAAGGAUAAAGGAGACAGCAACAGCUCCGCCGGAUGGAAGAACUCCAUCCGGCACAACCUCUCCCUGCACACCCGCUUCAUCCGCGUGCAGAACGAGGGCACGGGCAAGAGCUCCUGGUGGAUGCUGAACCCCGAGGGCGGCAAGACGGGGAAGACGCCCCGGCGGCGGGCGGUCUCGAUGGACAACAACAGCAAGUUCCUGCGCAUCAAGGGGAAGGCCAGCAAGAAGAAGCAGCUGCAGGUGACGCAGGAGCGCGGGGAGGACAGCCCGUCCUCCCAGCAGGCCAAGUGGUCGGAGAGCCCCGCGUCCCACGCCAGCGACGAGUACGACGCCUGGGCGGACUUCAGGACGCGGGCCAACUCCUCGGCCAGCACGCUGAGCGGGCGCCUUUCGCCCAUCAUGUCCAACCACGAACCCGACGAGCUGGAGGAGGACGAUGGCACGCCGUCCUCCCCGCUGAUGUACCCCAGCCCCUCCAGCACCAUGUCUCCUUCCCUGAGCGCCCGCUGCUCCGUGGAGCUGCCCCGGCUGACCGACCUGACCGGCACCAUCAGCCUGAACGAGAGCCUCGGGGAGAGCUUGCUGGAGGACCUGCAGGACGGCUACAGCAUGAGCCCUUCGCAGCAGCUGCCCCCGGCUGCCCUGCGGCAGCGGAGCUCCAGCUUCACCUUCAACUCCAAGUGCUCCAGCAUGGGGGCUGCCACCAACACGUACUGUGGGACCAUCUACAGCCAGCCGGCCAUGAGCCUCAUGCGCCGCCUGCCCAUGCAGACCAUCCAGGAGAACAAGCAGGCCACCUUCUCGCCGGUCAGCUCCUACAGGAACGCCUCGCUGCAGGAUCUGCUCUCCUCCAUCUCCUACGCGCACAAGGAGAGCAUGGUCCCGGGGGACCUGCCCCUGCCGCAGGCCGGCCCCAUGGUGCCGGCCCGUGGCCACAGACAGACCCCGCUGCUGUGCGGCGGUGGGGAGCAGGGCUUGUCCUCCUACCCGGCCCACUCGGCCUCGCUCAUGAAGAGCAGCGCUUUGUACCACCCGUCACCAGCCAGCCACCACCCUGCGGUCAACACCAGUGCCUUAGCCAAUCCUGUCAGCCUUAUGAGCCUGCCCAGUGACACGUGCAGCAUGACGGCCAUGCCGCACCACGGGCACCUGCAUUCCUACGCUACUAACCAAGGGGCACACAUGAGCUUGCUGGAUUCGCUGCAGGGCCCCUACCCGGGGGCCGUCCACCCCCCAGUGUUGGGCCAAGACAGGUUCCCAGCAGACCUGGACCUGGACAUGUUCAAUGGGAGCCUGGAGUGUGACGUGGAGUCCAUCAUCCUGAAUGACUUCAUGGACAGCGAUGAGAUGGACUUCAACUUCGACUCGGCGCUUCCGCCGCAGAACGCGCUCAACGUGCCCGCGCUGCCCGGGGGCCCGCAGCCCACGAACCAGAGCUGGGUGCCUGGGUGA